AUGUCUGCGAAGUCAGUAAAUGGACCGGGCGGCAAGAAGCCUGCUUCUGCCGCUACAAAUUUGAUUGCUGGUGGAGGUGCAGGCAUGAUGGAAGCGCUCGUGUGUCAUCCUUUGGACACCAUCAAAGUUCGAAUGCAAUUGUCGCGGCGAGCGCGCGCUCCAGGAGCACCUAAACGCGGGUUCUUGAAGACUGGACAAGAAAUUGUCAAGCGAGAAACGCCACUGGGCUUGUACAAGGGUCUUGGUGCUGUUUUGACUGGAAUCGUUCCGAAGAUGGCUAUUCGCUUCACAAGUUACGAGUGGUACAAGCAGUUACUGGCAGAUAAGGAUGGUAUGGUCAGUGGACGAGCAACAUUCCUAGCUGGGCUGUCUGCUGGUGUCACCGAAGCCGUUGCUGUCGUCACACCCAUGGAAGUCAUCAAGAUCCGAUUACAAGCGCAGCACCACUCGAUGGCGGAUCCCCUCGACGUGCCCAAAUACCGUAAUGCUGCGCAUGCGCUUUAUACCGUAGUAAAGGAGGAAGGAUUUGGCGCUCUCUAUCGCGGUGUUUCGUUGACGGCACUUCGACAAGGCUCGAACCAGGCUGUAAACUUCACCGCAUACUCCGAGUUCAGAGCGGCGCUCCAGAAAUACCAUGGCACAACAGAUCUGCCAGGUUAUGAGACGAUGCUCAUCGGUCUUGUCUCUGGUGCCAUGGGACCGUUGAGCAAUGCGCCCAUUGAUACCAUCAAGACGAGGCUGCAGAAGACGCCCGCUGAACCGGGACAGACAGCUUUGGGUCGUAUCAUGGCAAUAUCUCGGGACAUGUGGAAGCAGGAAGGAAGCCGAAGUUUCUACAAGGGAAUCACACCCCGUGUGAUGCGUGUCGCACCCGGUCAAGCCGUCACGUUCACCGUCUACGAAUAUCUGAAGGGUGUUCUCGAGAGAGGCCGAGAAAUGCUCCCAGGCGGUCAAUACGAAGAAUGA